UAGGGAUGCUAGGAGCCCCAUAAUAGCUUCUUGUUCCUAGUCGUAAGGCCAGUUUCGCCCCGAUCGUAGCGUCCGCGCAUGGCUCUGCGCCUCGCCAUUGGGAUCGGCCACAUUGCCCGCGCGGUGGAUCCCGCUCUGUAUGUGGAGCCCGAGGAGACGAUCUACUGGAGACCAAGGCCUGAGACGGGCGGGCCACCGUUCGAUGCGCCUCGCUUCCGAGAUCUCUCGCGUGCAGAGUUCACCGAGUUGAUUGAGGAUGGCAAGGUCUUUGUGGUUCCUGAGAUCUCCAAGACAUGGAUUCUCAAGGAUUGGGACUGCGAUUUCUUUCAGAAGGACGAAGAGUUCAAACAUGCAGCGAUGAAUCAUCAAUACACCUCCUCGGGGAAAGAGCAAAAGCUGGGAGAUGAUUGGCAGAAGGACCAGACGGCCAGUGGCGCGAAGAACGCGACGGCGCCGCAGGUGGCGCCGUUUUACUGGGGGAUCAAGGACGUCCAGUUCGAGAGACGCCCGGGCUGGACCCGGAAGAUGCUCCAGCGCGUGGCCAAGAGCUUCCAGGUUCCAAGCUUUAUGGAUCCCACUUGCCAGGAUGAUUUCGCCUCCACUCCAGAGUUCUGGUUCGGUUCGGGCAGCGCUGGCGCCAAAGCGCACAUGGUCAGCCGCGUCCGCCCCGAGGAUUCCCACGUGCAGGCGACCCUGUCAGUGCAGAUCGCGGGUACCAAGCGCUGGCGGCUGAUGCCGCUGCGGCGCCGCAGGGCGCCGUUCCUGGCGAUGAUCUAUUCCGAUGGGCAGCCGUAUGAGAAUCCCGAAGGUUGGGCACCGCUCUUCGAUAUCACUCUGCAACCAGGGGAUGGCCUCUUCUUCCCACCUGGCAUGGUUCAUGAGACGAAGAACGUGGGCGACCUGUGCACCUCUUCGGUGACCUUUCAGUUCAACCAGCCGUACGCUGCGCGCUUUUAUAGGAGUUUCUUCCCUCGGAUCCGCUUCACCGCGGACAUUGGUGAGUCCUGGGCUCUGAUCCGCGAAUGGGCUCGGCUGGGAAUGUCUGGAGAUGAAAAAGGCAAAGGUGACAGCUAUGAGAAAGCCAGGCAAAAGAAAGACCUGGAGAAACAUUUCGGAUGGCUGGACAAAGACCAGAAUGGCCUCUUGACUCUGCCGGAGCUUGCGAAGGCGCUACACUCUCCGAGCAGCGGACUUGCGUGGCACGACAGCAACCGGGACGGAGCUGUGAGUCUAGAGGAGUUCCAAGAUGGUUUCGCCUUUUGGUCGGCAGUGACAGCUGAGGCGGUGCGGUCCACGCCAAAGGAGUGGCGGAAGUUCCAGCUCUUUGGGACCAUCGAAAACCUGGAGGACAUUCCAGGCCACCUCAGCAAGAAGAUGAGACAAGCCUCCUUCCAAGCAGAAAUGAACAAAUCGCCCAAAGAGUCUGGCGAGUUGUAAAAAGA